CUCUUGAGAAUAGGAAUAACUCCGUUCGGCAAUCGAUCCACCAACUUCCUGCAGACUUUGUUCAUAUUUUGGCUUCCAUUUCAGCAAUGGGUUCCCCCUUUGGGACCCUAGUUACAACCAAGCUCUCUCUGGGAUAUAUGUUCUUAAGUCCACACUUAAAAACAGAACAUCCGAACAAAACAUCUGACGGUAAGAGAUGUGAUAACAAAAAGAAGCAAGUCCCACACUCUUUAAGGAUGGCGAGGAUGUGAGCGCUCAACGCACGUCUCAAAGUUGUGGAAAAAAGGAGAGAAAGCCUCCUCAGGGAACAACGGACCAAAGGCUGUUGGAGUGGUGGCACAGUAGUACUACUGUACGUAGAUUGCUCGGAUAUGAUUGCGUCAACCACUAGAAGAAGGUGGAUCGAGAAGCAAACUUGUCAGUCGGUUUGGAAACUCGCUCAAAGGUAGAUCAGCAACCGAUAUGUUACAAAUAGAAUUUCUCACCUCAUGGUCAAUUUCUAAUGGAUGUUCGGCUUUGCUGACCUAAACGCAAACCAGCAGACAAUCCGAGAUCCCAUCCGGUUGGUAUUAACUGGCCAAAGCUGUCCCUGGAAACAUAUCUGACUUCACCUUCUUAAGUGGGACGGAAGGAAGUGAGGUUUUUGGAUCUCCUUCUCGGCAUUCAUCUUGGCUGGCUUUUCCCUAUGGACACCCACACGACCAUGGACAUCUUGGCGAGCUCCAAUCGGUCAUGGACCUCAACGGCAGGCAGGGAUUUAACAACAUCGAACAACUCGUCGAAUCUCACGACAAUCCUAGCGGCCAUUCAAACCAUUUCGUAUUUUGAGUUAGUGGUGCAUGGCUUCCUCAUCUCAUUAUUGGGCUUCUUCGGAUUGAUUGGCAAUCUGUUCUCAUUCUACGUCUUUAGUCGUCCUUCAAUGCGCAAUAGCAUCAACUGCUUCUUCAUGGGGCUCACCAUAAUCGACAUGUUCGUUAUCACAUCAGCCAUCCUCAUGUUCAGUUUGCCCAUUAUGCAAGCCUAUUUGGAUCUGAAUUACGGCGCCACUUUAUUCGACAUUUACCAGAUCAUUACCCCGUUCGUGUAUCCAAUAGGAAUGAUUGCCCAAUCGGCUUCGGUGUAUUUAACGGUCUUUAUUACAUUGGAGCGCUAUUUAGUGGUAUGCCAGCCUUUGAAGUCUCGAACCAUUUGCACCUAUCGGCGAGCCUUGAAAUGUGUGAUCGUCAUCGUGGUCUGCUCCACUUUGUACAACACGUCUCGCUUCUUCGAGUACGAAUACAUCGCCGUGGACAAUGAGACGGCUUUUCUUCAAAGCACCGCCUUGCGACAAAACGAUCUCUACAUUUCGAUCUACAUCAAUUGGUUGUAUAUGAUCUUCAUGUACAUCAUUCCCUUCACCGUGCUCAUUGUGGUCAACUCCAAAAUCAUUUUGGAAAUGCGAGCUGCCCGCAAGACUCGAUCCCGCAUGAAUGCCACCCAAUGCAAUGAGGAGAGUGCGAGCAUCAUGCUCCUGGUCAUCGUUUGCAUCUUCAUGAUCUGUAACGCCCCCGCUAUGGUCUUGAAUAUCAUGGAGACGUUGGAGUUUCCCGCGCCCAAAUUGGCCCAAAUCUCGAAUGCCUUGGUGGUCUUCAACUCGUCGUUCGCCUUUGUCAUCUACACAACGUUUUGCAAGAAGUUCCGCCGAAUUCUGAAAGCCUUGGGGACAUGCCGACAAAACACGGUGAUCAAUCUUCCUUUGGAUGCUCUUCGCGCGACGGGCGCUCACUCCAUGGUUCCUGGCGGCGGGAUCACAUCGGGGGAUAUCCAAUCAAUAAAGUUCAGGCGAAAUGUCCGUUCCGGAGCCACUUUGAACAUCAAAUGUGAAUGUGGGAACUUGGAUCUGGUUGUGAUUGCUCGGGCUCCGCCUUCCAAGAGUCCAUCUCCCGCUACGUUUAUUUCAUCCGCUCAAAGCUCAACGCGAAGGGCAUUCUUUCAACACAUGUCCACGGAAGAGAUUCAAGUUUAGUUUGAGGCCGAGGAUAUCCGGUUUGGGUUGAGCUGGUGUGUGAGGAGUUGCCCACUACUGAAUACUGAUUGAACAACUGGAACGGUCUGAUUGGUCUUACUCGGAAAUAUCAUAUACUUGUCCGAAAGAGAUAAGAUUUCUUUGUGAUGGAAAUUGAGAGACACUGACACUCAGAUCCCUGGAUUUUUGAUGCCACAUCUUGUUGUCACAUUAAAUGUGAGGCAGCGGAAGUGUCCUGGAAACGGUUCCUGUCGUCCUUUACCUGUUUGUUGUUGAACGUGAGCUGUGCUAACAAAUUAGGUUGUUCGAUGUCUGAAAACUUUUUGUACCUUCAAAUACAUACCACAACAUAUGAUCUGUUUGCUGUCAGAUUGCAUUGAAAUACAUAUCAUGAAUUGGUUA